AUGGCUAUGCACGACAAGACCGCAAGAUGGCAGCGCGUGUGCCGAUUUCGGCUGCUGAUGUGGCCCGGCUCUUGGAAGCUAGUGGGCGUCGACCGUGUGAUUGCGGUGGACUUGCACUGUGGCCAGAUCCAGGGCUUCUUUGGUCCGCACGUGCCUGUGGACAAUUUGGACGGAGGUCUCGUUGGCGUCUCGUACUUUGGGCAACCACGACGUAUCAAGGCUGGCGAGAUUGACCGCAUGGAUCUAGUGGGCCAAGUUAAAGGCUCGGACUGCAUUAUCGUGGAUGACAUGAUUGAUACAGCUGGCACGUUGUGCAAAGCCGCGCAGCACCUGGUCGAUCACGGUGCUAGCAACGCGGCGUUUGCCCCGCACGGUCUGUUUAACGGCGCUGCCAGUGAUCGCAUCAAGGCUUCGGCGCUCAAGGAGGUUGUGGUCGUCAACACUACGCCGUUGCCUAAGAGCUGUGAGGGCAACGAAAAGAUUGUGCAACUGGAUAUUGCUCCACUCUUGGCACAAGCUAUCCAGAAUAUCCACGGCAAGAAGUCAGUGUCGCAGCUCUUCCACUAG